GCUGACGCGCUAAAGCCGUGGAUAGGACAGUGGAGGGGUCCUUUCUCUUGCCAGCCCGGCAGGCUGUUGCUGCUGUCAGUUGCCGAGUGAGGGGGGGGAGAGAGGAGGUUACCGGCUGUGUCUGAGCACCGGGGAGUGUCACACCGGCUGACUCCGAGGCUGUCCUCCCCUCCCAGGGACAUCUCACAGCUCACAUCUUCCAGCGGGGCCGCCGAUCCGCCAUCAGAGGCACUGGGCCUAGCGGAGCGCAGACACUGCUAAUAUCUGCCAUUAUGGAGUGUGACAUGCUGGAGAAUGACGUGUUGGAGUCACUGGAAGACCUGGGGUAUGGGCAGUGUGACAGGGCAGGUUACAUUAUCUGGGUAUGGGCUGUGUGUCAGGGCAGGUUACAUUAUCUGGGUAUGGGCUGUGUGACAGGGCAGGUUACAUUAUCUGGGUAUGGGCUGUGUGACAGGGCAGGUUACAUUAUCUGGGUAUGGGCUGUGUGACAGGGCAGGUUACAUUAUCUGGGUAUGGGCUGUGUGACAGGGCAGGUUACAUUAUCUGGGUAUGGGCUGUGUGACAGGGCAGGUUACAUUAUCUGGGUAUGGGCUGUGUGACAGGGCAGGUUACAUUAUCUGGGUAUGGGCUGUGUGACAGGGCAGGUUACAUUAUCUGGGUAUGGGCUGUGUGUCAGGGCAGGUUACAUUAUCUGGGUAUGGGCUGUGUGACAGGGCAGGUUACAUUAUCUGGGUAUGGGCUGUGUGACAGGGCAGGUUACAUUAUCUGGGUAUGGGCUGUGUGACAGGGCAGGUUACAUUAUCUGGGUAUGGGCUGUGUGACAGGGCAGGUUACAUUAUCUGGGUAUGGGCUGUGUGACAGGGCAGGUUACAUUAUCUGGGUAUGGGCUGUGUGACAGGGCAGGUUACAUUAUCUGGGUAUGGGCUGUGUGACAGGGCAGGUUACAUUAUCUGGGUAUGGGCUGUGUGGGCAGGUUACAUUAUCUGGGUAUGGGCUGUGUGACAGGGCAGGUUACAUUAUCUGGGUAUGGGCUGUGUGACAGGGCAGGUUACAUUAUCUGGGUAUGGGCUGUGUGUCAGGGCAGGUUACAUUAUCUGGGUAUGGGCUGUGUGACAGGGCAGGUUACAUUAUCUGGGUAUGGGCUGUGUGACAGGGCAGGUUACAUUAUCUGGGUAUGGGCUGUGUGACAGGGCAGGUUACAUUAUCUGGGUAUGGGCUGUGUGACAGGGCAGGUUACAUUAUCUGGGUAUGGGCUGUGUGACAGGGCAGGUUACAUUAUCUGGGUAUGGGCUGUGUGACAGGGCAGGUUACAUUAUCUGGGUAUGGGCUGUGUGACAGGGCAGGUUACAUUAUCUGGGUAUGGGCUGUGUGACAGGGCAGGUUACAUUAUCUGGGUAUGGGCUGUGUGACAGGGCAGGUUACAUUAUCUGGGUAUGGGCUGUGUGACAGGGCAGGUUACAUUAUCUGGGUAUGGGCUGUGUGACAGGGCAGGUUACAUUAUCUGGGUAUGGGCUGUGUGACAGGGCAGGUUACAUUAUCUGGGUAUGGGCUGUGUGACAGGGCAGGUUACAUUAUCUGGGUAUGGGCUGUGUGACAUGGCAGGUUACAUUAUCUGGGUAUGGGCUGUGUGACAGGGCAGGUUACAUUAUCUGGGUAUGGGCUGUGUGACAGGGCAGGUUACAUUAUCUGGGUAUGGGCUGUGUGACAGGGCAGGUUACAUUAUCUGGGUAUGGGCUGUGUGUCAGGGCAGGUUACAUUAUCUGGGUAUAGGCUGUGUGACAGGGCAGGUUACAUUAUCUGGGUAUGGGCUGUGUGACAGGGCAGGUUACAUUAUCUGGGUAUGGGCUGUGUGACAGGGCAGGUUACAUUAUCUGGGUAUGGGCUGUGUGACAGGGCAGGUUACAUUAUCUGGGUAUGGGCUGUGUGUCAGGGCAGGUUACAUUAUCUGGGUAUGGGCUGUGUGACAGGGCAGGUUACAUUAUCUGGGUAUGGGCUGUGUGACAGGGCAGGUUACAUUAUCUGGGUAUGGGCUGUGUGACAGGGCAGGUUACAUUAUCUGGGUAUGGGCUGUGUGACAGGGCAGGUUACAUUAUCUGGGUAUGGGCUGUGUGACAGGGCAGGUUACAUUAUCUGGGUAUGGGCUGUGUGACAGGGCAGGUUACAUUAUCUGGGUAUGGGCAGUGUGUCAGGGCAGGUUACAUUAUCUGGGUAUGGGCUGUGUGUCAGGGCAGGUUACAUUAUCUGGGUAUGGGCUGUGUGACAGGGCAGGUUACAUUAUCUGGGUAUGGGCUGUGUGACAGGGCAGGUUACAUUAUCUGGGUAUGGGCUGUGUGACAUGGCAGGUUACAUUAUCUGGGUAUGGGCUGUGUGACAGGGCAGGUUACAUUAUCUGGGUAUGGGCUGUGUGACAGGGCAGGUUACAUUAUCUGGGUAUGGGCUGUGUGACAGGGCAGGUUACAUUAUCUGGGGUAUGGGCUGUGUGUCAGGGCAGGUUACAUUAUCUGGGGUAUGGGCUGUGUGACAGGGCAGGUUACAGAUAGAAGCAGGGCUUCCUAUGCAUGGCCUCUACAGCCCAGUAAUUGAUAAAAAAAAACUGGCAUAGCCGCUCUUUUGGGACAAUCCUAAUCAGUUCAAGCUAUAUGGCUUAUAUUAUAUUAUAUUAAGCAUGUUUGGUCCUCCAUGCCCUUUGUAACUGGGGAAUAUUAGCAAAAUGCAAAUUAUAUUGAAUUGGCAAAAAUAUAAAAAAGGCUAACUUGGAAACACCACAGAGACCAAUAUAUUCAUUUUGGUUUUCAGUUUGCUACAAUUUGCUGUUUCGUGAAUGAACCUUGUGAUAUUUCAAUUCUGAUUAUGGUUACAUAGUAGCCUUCUGUCCUGUUUUUGCUCAGACAAUCCCAUGGUUUUGACACCUGCCCUUGGACCUGAAUUGCAGUCAGACUAGGCCACUAUCAGCUUGCUGUUCCUCUGCGCUGUUGCUGUACUAGGACAAAGUGAUUACAUUUCACUUUUGGGCACAGAGAGCUGCGCAGGGGAGAGAGAGGAGGCAGAGAUGGAAUUACAUGAGUGAGGGCAACACAGUAUUUUUGGUUGCCAUGUUAUUUGGCAUUCACUGGAGCCUAGUAUGUAUUCCCGGUAACAUUUCGCUCAGUCAUUACAUCUGCUAGCUGCUGAUUGGUCAGCAUUGUGGGAUUCCACAUCUUACAGAGAAGCAGUGGCCCCCAGGAACCAGACAGCGCAUUUCUCUGUGGUUAGCAAAUGAGCAAGAGUAAGCAGGACCACUAUAGUGCCAGGAAAACAUUCUUGUUUUCCUGGUACUAUAGGGUCUCUAGGUCCCUCCCACCCUCAGGGCCCCUCUCCCGCCAGGCUCUAGGGGGUAAAAGGGGUUAAAUCUUACCUGUUUUCCCCCUCCAGGCUCCCUCGGCGCGGGCAACUCUCCUCCUUUCUUUUCGCUGUCAGCGGCUGCAUGCGCAGCAAGAUCCCGUGCGCAUUCAGCCAGUCCAUAGGAAAGCAUUUUCAAUGCUUUCCUAUGGACGCUGGCACUGAAAAUCACCGUGAAAAGCUCAGAAGCGCCUCUAGCGGUUGUCAAUGAGACAGCCACUAGAGACUGGAUUAACCCAUUUGUAAACAUAGCAUUUUCUCUAGGGUUAACCCUAGAUGGACCUGGCACCCUGACCACUUCAUUAAGAUGAAGUGUUCUGGGUGCCUAUAAUGGUCCUUUAAAGUUCACUUUUAUUUGCCAUUUUGACACUUUAUGCCAGCUGCUAUCUUGGAACAUACUCCAUUUCCAUUGCUGCAAUGCUUUCCUUUUCGGAUUUUACUGACACUGGAUGUUUUCAUGCAGAAUGUGAGGACGUCCAGCAUCAGUUAGGCGGACAAAAGUCGCAUAGCAAGCAGGAAGUGCCUUUAGUGGCUGUCUGACAGCACUAGAGGAUGUCUUAUUCCUGCAAUUUAAUUAUUACAAUUCCUCUAAAACUGCAAUAACUUCAAUUGCAGGAUUGAAGGGCACAGGGACAUUGCACCCAGACCACUUCAAUGAGCUGCAUGGUCUGGGUGACUAUAGUAUUCCUUGAAACAGAAUGUGCAAAAAAGGAUAUGUAAACAUUAGAUCUUUCUUUACAGGAAGUAUUUAGGAAAGCUGUAGAAGUUACAUGCAGGGAGAUAUGACUAGGGCUGUAUAAACAAAGUGAUUUAAUUUGUAAAUUGCAGAAAAUUGAGCAGUGAGACUACAGAGGCACGAUUUUACAGAAAGUUAAUCUGGUUAUGGUGCUUGGAGUGUUUCUUUAAUAGAUCAUUUCAGAAAUAAUAAACCAUGUAGAGUAUAAUGAAGAUAAAUCUAAAUUUCCUGAUUUACAAAGUAGGCUUGCAUGAGAUAUUUUCAUGGUUAAUCUCUAAGCUCUGAAAUACAUUGAAUUAAAAAUUGAUUUGCAAGAUUUAGGCCAAAAUAGGUCAUCUCAAACUUUUCUUGAACUCUGCUAUGUCAUAGCUUGACUAUACCAUUCGUACUUAAUUUUCCUAGAAUUCUGAGUUUCGUGAGUAAACACCAUUAUUUGUCAAAUACUUUUUAAGAAUAACAUUGGCUGAUCUACCCAUAAUCACAUCAAAAAUUAUUUAGAAAUAUGGCUUCAAUUAAGCUUGUGCUGAUCAAAAGUUUCUAUUCCCUAAACUUCCUCAACUCCCCUACAUUUGGUUGUUAAAGGGUCAAUUUAGGCACAAGACCCACUACAUCCUAAUGCAUUGGUUAUGGGGCAAAGAGCCUGUCCCUGCAGGCUCAGCAGUCUAAACACUGCCUUUUCUAGAUUUGUGCACACAUUCUUUUCAGCGGCACUGAUCAAAUUAAAUGCCUGUCAAACUAUGGAUGAAUUAAUUGGUUCGUUCAUAUCUACCUUGCACCCAGUCUUAAAGGUUUAAUCCAAUGAAAACCAUUGUUUUACCUAAGCAAACAUAAGUAAACAAAAUUGAGGAAAAAAAGCUAAAACCUAUCCCUUUUCCAUUGCUGAGGUCAAAUUCUCCCUUGGCUGACUUCAUGCCCUAGCUGGAGGAGGAGGAGACCGUAGAGGGUGCCUCUAUUGGCUGUCUGUUGCCAGCAUGCUGGCAUCAAAUGCUAAUUUUGCACAGAAUUAAUAUUUGCUGGUAAAUGACUCUCAUUGAAACUGCUCCAGAUGUAGUUACACUGCCAGCAGAAGAUUGGUUGGUUACUCUGUGUUUGCAGUGUUUCUUACUGAAACAGACAGACCUACUCAUAUAAACACCAGGCACCAUGACCAUUUCUCUGGAGUGGGUGGGGAUCUUGGCGUAACCCUUUAAUGUCAAAACCUACUGAUGUGAGUAAGCAGCUGUUGCCCCCUUUAAUAUAUCUAGUUCUGAAAGUUCUGUUGAUGUUGAAAUAUUACAUUAUUUAUUUAAUCAGUCAUUAAUAAUGUCAUUUAUAAUUACUACAAAAUAUCACAGCUAUUCCCUUUAUAUAAUGACAGUUCUGGCAAGUCACCUGUAAUGAAAGGGUUAAUUUUGGUAAUAUUUAUUUUUUUCUUUCUUCCUCAGCUAUAAAGGUGCACUAAUGGAUGAAGGAGCCUUGAUCCAGGCAGCCAGUGAGGGAGCCCUUUCUCCAGAAUAUACCAAACUCUGUGCGUGGCUGGUGACAGAGCUUAAAUCUUUCAGCAAACUAGAAGAAAACGUGGAAGCCACUAACAGUACGUUAUUUUCAUAUUAGUCACUUUAAUGUCUCUCCAAAAAGCACAUAAUGUAAUGCUGCAAAAUCUAUGACUGCAAACAAAUAAUUAGGCACAUGGGAGGUCCUAAUUUAAUUACCUCCCCAAAAAGCAUAAUGUGAUGCUGCAAAGGAUCUUAUCUGCCGUCACAUUCUAUGUUUCUAUUAAAAAAAAUAUCAGGAAGUAUUACUUUACUGAGAGGGUAGUGGAUGCAUGGAAUAGCCUUCCAGCUGAAGUGGUAGAGGUUAACACAGUAAAGGAGUUUAAGCAUGCAUGGGAUAGGCAUAAGGUUAUCCUAACUAUAAGAUAGGGCUAGGGACUAAUGAAAGUAUUUAGAAAAUUGGGCAGACUAGAUGGGCCGAAUGGUUCUUAUCUGCCGUCACAUUCUAUGUUUCUAUGUUACUGAAAACAAAUCAUUUGGUGUAUGUAAGGUUCUAAUGUUCUGGUUGUUUUAACUUGGGUUGCUAACAGCAUUUAUUGGGGAAAAAGGUUUGCAAAAAAAAAAAGAAAAAAGCUAGAUAUUGUAGUUAGAGCUUUACAUUUUUUCCAUGCAGAGCAUAUAGGCUAGGAAUACAAAAUUGCCUCCGCCUUCGGUCCACCGACGCCAGCUGACAUCAUGCACAGCGAGCCCAGUAGUAUAACCCAAUAGAAAAGCAUUGAAUUAAUGUGAUUUUUAGUUUCUUAAUAACUUCAAUAAUUAACAUUGCAGGGUCAAACUGACAGGGACAGUGCACCCAGACCACUUCAAUGAUUUUUCUUGGAUAAUUUCCUCUUAUUUGUAAUGCAAACCAAUAUAUAUUCCUUGAGAAAAACUCUGAAGUUGCAUCAGACAUUGCUUGGGAGCAAAAAGUAUCUCUCACAGCUUAAUUGUGAGACUCUAUUUCCAUGAUGCUUUAGCCCUUGAUGCAAUUUUGCUAGGCAAAAACUACAUACUACAUCCACAUUCUGUAUGGCAUUGAAAAAUGCAAAAUCUCAGAUACAUCUCACAUUUCAUAAUGAAAAUAUUGUAAGUUUGUUCACGCUGGGUCCUCAUUAUCUAGUGUCAAAAUUUGUAAUAGUUUCUCAUUUGCUGUUAAAAACCCCUUUAUAAUAUUGUAAAGUGUGGCACAAUAUGUUGGCAUUAUAUAAAUAUUAUUGAAAAUGACACUUAUUUUUCAUGGAUAUGGAAAUAAAUCAUGUCUGAUUUACUUGAGUAAAUUGCUUGCAGAUAUACAUUGCACAUAAAUGUUCAGACACUGGAGAAUAAAAUAUUGCAGAUAAUGUUCUCUACUAGGUCUCAAUCAGCCAGUGAAUUUGUAUUUUACUUUCAGAAUUUUUAUUAUGUUUUUGGUGCCAUAUAUGGUAAGUAAGAUUGACCUUUAGAUCCUCUUUUCUUUAAAUGAAUUAUGCAGAUUUGUCAGUAGUUAUGAUAAUAUUCUAACUUUGUCUCACUAGUUUAGCAGAAAUAAAUAUAUCAAUAUACCUGUCAUUUGUUGCAUCAGCUGGUAUAGAGUAAAUAAACAAAACGUCCCUGUAACGGAACGCUGAUCUCUCACAGACUAUUUCUGCUGGUAAUCCUAGUGUGGCUCAGGAACCCAUAAGUAACCCAGGAGAACAUCCACCGUAAUCAAUAAAAUAAUCCAAUAGAGUAGCAGGCAUGAUCAGUAAUAUAAUCCAGCAAUAUCCCAUCAUGUUUCCCAAUAACUGGACGACACACAGUAUCAGGAGCAGAACUAGGACUUUUAAUCAAACACUCUGCUUUUAUGCACAUUCUUACACAAAAGGACUGCCCACAGGGUUUUGAAGAACAACCAAUCAAUACAUUACAACACAGCUAAACACUCCUAUUCAUGACAUCAGAAAUCCUCCCCUCUGCCUGUGAUACAAUUAUCUCAACACAAUAGACUAACUUCAUUAUCACAGGCAGAAAAUAUACAGUUUUUACAAAAUAUUAAUAACUUCCAAAAUAUACAUGCCAUUCACAUAAAACAUACAAAAUCAGCACACUUGAAAUAUACACAUACUCAAAAAUCAUGCAAAUCCCUCCAGUAGUUCAAAAGUUAGUCUGGAGUCCUUUUCUGACCGACCGCAAACACAUUUUCCUGCUCAAAACAGUUCCAUAGAUUUGGGCUGGGCGGUCAGACAUUUUUCUUGUGUGAAAUUGACCAAGUCUCAUUUGAAUGCACGAAUGGGCCCGUUCGUGCAAAUAGUACAGCAUCACCUGGCGUUCGAAUUGUCGAACGCACUUCGACUUUAGCUAUGAGGGGUACUGUUGUACUCGGGAGACUUCGCUGAACACAAAUAUUUGUGUUUCAAAACGGUAAAAAGUAUCGCAGCAAUAAUAUCGUCCGUGUAAGUGCUGUUUGUGUGUGAAAAAUGCAAAAAACUUAACUUUUACUGGCAAUAUCAUCGUUGUAAUACAUUUUACUGUUUUGAAACACUAAUAUCUGUGUUCAGCGAAGUCUCCAGAGUAGAACAGUACCCCCCAUGUACAGGUUUUAUGGUGUCUUGGAAAGUUAUUGGGUUAAAUAUAGUGCUAGCAAAUUAAAUUCCCUUUACUUUCGGCAUGGGUUGUCAGGCAGUUCCCGCUAAUUGUAAUUAAUUAAGAUACCUAAUUAUGUCAAAAUAUUACAUAAAUAUAUAUAUGUAGAAUUAAUAUAUAUGUGUGUGUGUGUGUAUAUAUAUAUAUAUAUAUAUAUAUAUAUAUAUGUAUGUACUCUAUAAAUCAAGACACAUAAAUUGAUUUAGUUUUAAUGACUUUUCCUAAGCUGAACAUAAGGAAACGUUAUUAUUGUCAAAAGUUUUUUUUUAUUAUUUUUUUUUAUUUUUUUAUAAUAAAUGAUCAUUUAUAUAUGUAUGUCACAUCAAAUUAAAGCCCUUUUUGUCUUCUAAAAAAGAAAGGUAUAUAAUAUGUGUUGGUACAAUAAAUGAGAGAUGCAAAUUGCAGUUGAACACAAACAGCAAAAUAUGCAAAAAUUGUUUGUGUCCUUAAAGGAACACUAUAGUCACCUAAAUUAAUUUAGCUAAAUAAAGCAGUUUUAGUGUAUAGAUCAUUCCCCUGCAAUUUCACUGCUCAAUUCACUGUCAUUUAGGAAUUAAAUCCCUUUGUUUCUGUUUAUGGAGUCCUAGCCACACCUUCCCUUGCUAUGAUUGACAAAGCCUGCAUGAAAAAAGAAAAAACUGGUUUCACUUUCAAACAGAUGUAAUUUACUUUAAAUAAUUGUAUCUCAAUCUCUAAAUUGAACUUUAAUCACAUACAGGAGGCUCUUUCAGGGUCUAGCAAGCUAUUAACAUAGCAGGGGAUAAGAAAAUCAUAAUUAAACAGAACUUGCAAUAAGGAAAGCCUAAAUAGGGCUCUCUUUACAGGAAGUGUUUAUGAAAGUCUGUGCAAGUCACAUGCAGGGAGGUGUGACUAGGGUUCAUAAACAAAGGGAUUUAACUCUUAAAUGGCAGAGGAUUGAGCAGUGAGGCUGCAGGGGUAUGUUCUAUACACCAAAACGGCUUCAUUAAGCUAAAGUUGUUCAGGUGACUAUAGUGUCCCUUUAAGAAUAUGUCCAGCUUCUGAAGCUGCAUCCUUAAAGGGUUAAUCUGUAUCUGUCAUGACAAAAACUUAAUCAUCUUAAAGGGACACUAUAGUCACCAGAACAACUACAGCUUUUUGAAUUUGUUCUGUUGAGUAGAAUCAUUACCUUCAGGCUUUUUGCUGUAAACACUGUCUUUUCAGAGAAAAUGCUGUGUUUACAUUACAGCCUAGUGAUAACUUCACUGGCCACUCCUUAGAUGGCUGUUAGAGAUCCUUCCUGGGUCAUGGCUGCCUAAAAUCCAUCCAAACAUUCAGUGUCUCCUCCCUCUGCAUGCAGACACUGAACUUUCCUCAUUGAGAUGCAUUGAUUCAAUUCAUCUCUAUGAGGAGAUGCUGAUUGGCCAGGGCUGUGUUUGAAUUGUGCUGGCUCUGCCCCUGAUCUGCCUCUUUGUCAGUCUCAGCCAAACAUAUGGGGAAGCAUUGUGAUUGGAUCAGGCUACCACUUCUGCUGAUGGCAGUGGGUAGGUCAAAAGGAAACCGGGACAAAGUAAACAACUCCAGACUUGAAUACAAGUAAGAUUUUACUAUAUUUAGGGAGGCAUGAGGGGAACAGGGGGGGUUAGAUGGUGGUUUUAACACUAUAGGGUCAGGAAUACAUGUUUGUGUUCCUGACCCUAUAGUGCUCCUUUAACCCCUUAAGGACACGUCAUGAUUCCCUUUUAUUCCAGAAGUUUUGUCCUUAACCCCUUAAGGACCAAACUUCUGGAAUAAAAGGGAAUCAUGACAUGUCACACAUGUCAUGUGUCCUUAAGGGGGUAAAUGUGUGUACUAUUUUUCAUCUGGCAUGAUGAGAUUGUGCUUUCAGAAUUGUUGGCACAUGUCUCGGUUAGUCUAAAAUCUAAGAUAAAAAAAACAAAACUGUUUCCUUCACCUUUCACGCAAUUCUGUCUGUACCAAUUCAGAAGGCUUGCUCUGCAUGCCUGUUAUCAGGAAAAUGGACAUCUCUGGUUGUCCCUCCUGCUUGACUUAAACCUAAAGGAAAGCAAUGCCUACAAGGGGAAAGGAAAGGGGGCAAGCUCUGCGUGAGAGCAGCACCAGCAGUGUGGAGAGAGAGAAUGAUUUAUUGCAACAACUGUGGACAUUCAAUUUGAGACUGGGCAAAGAGAGAGAUAUAAUGUCAACUUAAAAGUGUAUGGAACUUUUAAUCUGUUAAUGGAAAACAAGUCUGCUUUCAAAACAAGGGUAUGCGGGAGAGGUGUGUCUUACAGCAAGUGUAACACCCACUGAAAACAUGAUUAAUACUUUCAGCAGGAUACAGGGUUAAUGGAAACAAACUAAAAUAGGAGCUUUUACUAGUAUUAAGGGAAUAAACACUCCGUUGUAUAACGUGUCAAACCAGCUGGUUAAUAAGCCUAUAUCUGUGCAACUAGCCCUGGACACACAACUAAAAAUAUCUCUGGAUGUGCAGUGUUUCAAGCUAAAUCACUGCACACCCAGACUCCUACCACCAUGACCAAUUCAAAAUAUCAUAAGUGGUCAUGGUGUUUAGAGAAACCUUUUAAGUCAUCAGUUGUAAGAGACUACAACAAUUGUAAAAUAAGACAAUCUACAUGGGCAUAAUAAAUCGAUAACCCAAAUGGUGAUCUAAAAGAGACAUCAAACAAAUAAAUCAAUUUAGGACUAAUCCCACUACUGUCGGAAGAAGAGUGCAAUCUGGUGGGUCCUACUUUUGGCCCAAAGUUAAUAUUGCCCACAUCCCAAGAAUGUUUUGCAGGAAUAUUCAGGUGUUUGCAAAGGUGAAGGAUGCCUUUGUUUUUCACUAGAAGAACUCUAGGAAAUCCCCAAUUUAUGAAACACCCCACCACUUUUAAACAAUGUGUGACAGCCCGGAAGGUUUGUCCCUAGCAGAGUGUAUAGCGGAACAGGUCAAGCAAAAAGUGAGUCUAGAAGAAUCAAAGGCUUUUGUGAUUUUUCUCUUCAAUGCAGCCAUGCAUGCCCUCAGUCUUAUCACAGAUGAAGCUAAAGUAACAAUAAUAUUGUGAGGAACAGUGGAUGGUGCUGUGGGAGAUUUAGCUAUACAAUAGGCCACAUCAACAUUUAAGGUCUGGCCUUUUUAUGGGGUAGUAUAGAUGAAACAGGUUGCCUUAUGUAUUCAGGUUGUUCCCCUGUUGUUAUGUCAUCUAUGCAAUACCCCUGAUCUGAUAUUUGGAAUGCUGCUGCAUGUGCAAAAUUGUUAGGGUUGUUGUGUUUGCUAUAACUGUAGAUCAAAAGUGUCCUACUCUGUGGUUUUCAUGCUUUUCGGAAGUGUAUGCAAUUUGCCAAGUCAGUAGGGAAGAUUUGUUUAAUGUUUAGUAAAAGGUCUUGAAUGUCCCUUUUAUUGGCUGAAGCACUUCUAGAGUUACCCGUGGGAGCCAUCUUUUGCCUACCAUCAUAAAAGGAUAUUGCCAAUGUCUGAGAGUUUACAUUUUUUAUUUCUAUUAUCAUAAUCUCUAAGGUUCGAUAUAAAUAAUAAACACUAAUAUACUGUAGAGCUGGUGUGAACAUGCCCGCUGUGCUUAGCAGUCUUUCUGCCCUCUGCAAAUGUCUAUUUUUAAAUGCUUUGGGUGACAAAACAGUCACACACACUGACAGGACUGCAAGCUGCUACAAAGUACUUGCAGGACAAUGAUGUGAUUGCUGAGGGGGCUGCAGGGGUGACAGAGCAGGCACACACACUGACAGGACUGAAUACUGCUAAAAUGCUUGCAGGGCAUUGAUGUGAUUGCCCAGAUGAGUUAGAUUGACCAGCAAUCGAUCGGAUUGACCCAACAUGGUAACUUAACCAGCUUUAAAAAAAAAAAAAAAAGUAAAUUUUUUUUUUCACAAUUUAGUCAUUAAGUAACCCGCCCAUUGUUUUUAUUAGUGAUGCAUGUGAUGUCCAAAUGCGUACACUUUACAGGUAAUUCUACAGUGAUUAUAAAUAAUAAAGAAUGGUAAUAAGCACAGAGCUCUCCACAUAGAAAUACAUGGCUUUGAUCUCUAUCCUCAAGUUCCUGCACAUGGUUCACUUAGUCAGACCAAUGAAUGACCCAGUAAGGCUUUUAGGACAAAGAUCCUUCUCUCUAACACAGAGGUAGGUUUUGUGUUUUGUUUUUUGUUUUUCCUAGAAGAAAGUCUAAUUAGUUCAACUUGUAAGGGGUGUGAACUUUAAAAAAAAAAUAAAAAAAAAUCUACUUGCCGAAGAGACAGAAUUGUUCGUCAUGACACUCUACAUGUGCUGACACAAAUAAUUUAAUUUAGAAACUUAAGAGACCUAGCGUAGACCUGGACAUUGACAGGGUUAUUCACUUAACUUUGAAUUGUCCCUAAUUAAUUCUGCAUAGGCAAAAAAAAGAAAACCAGACAUGUAAAAAAAAAUCUCCAGCUUGGCAGUAGUCACAACUGUUUUUUGUUUUUUUUGUUUUUGCCAUUUGGAUUUCAUUUGCAAAAUUUGGGACUUUUGUGCAUUGCACUUUGUCCUCUCUCAUUGUGUGUGUGCUGGCUGGGCGUAGAGGCUGUGUGUGCUAGGUGUAGGCUCCGGUAAUCGCUCUCUUGUGGUCCAGCGCUCAUUAGUGAGUAUAGGACUGCAAUUGAACAAUUACUGUUUUUUGCUCCUGCCAGAGAUUUAAAUCACACACUCCGUGGCCCACUACUGUGUUAGGACUGCUGUUUGCAUGUUGCAGAUCCUGUCUGGCACAUAAAACUGCUGGUCCCAGGUGUCAGAUGAUAGGAAUUCCACACACCUGGUGGUGUGUUCUGCCUGUAUGUAGGAAGUGUGAUGUGUGAUAUAUGCUGGCUGGCUGUAUGUAGUGUGUAUGCUCACUAUCCUUGGCAUCUUAGACUGGAUUUAUUUUUGUGCCAUAACCUAUAUAGUCAAAACAAAACAACUGUAUAUUUUACAGAUGUGGAAUUUUCCAUGUUAUUCAGGUUUUUUUUUCACACAUGCCAAUUUUAAUCACUGUUCAAGCAAAGUAUUCUCAAAGUUAGUUUUGCUGUUAUUGUUUAAUAAUGGGCAUUGCACACGCCUUUGGCACAAAUGUCAGGCAAAUAUAUAUUUUCGUGCCGUAUCUCAAAGUAAUAUCUUUACAAAGUAUAUCAAUAUUUUUAUUUUGUCACAGGCCCUGCUGAAUCGGAAGGAUUCCAACUAGAAAUGAGCGGUCUUUUAACCGAAAUGAGCUGUCCAUAUGCCUGUCUAACAUCAGGAGAUGUUACAAAACGCCUCCUGGACAAAAGAAAUUGUCUUCUCCUGCUAAGUAAGUCCAAUGCAUGAACUGUAAUGCACUUUGUCAGCCGCCCACCUCCCUCACAAAUCCGUAAACAGGCUGCUCCCCUUCCUCCCUUAGCCUCCCACCUCUCUCCAUACCUGCCUCAGCAAUACAGGAGAUGGCUUCCCUCCUCCCUCUGUCAGCCGCCUGCCUGCCUCAGCCCUCUGUGAUCAGACUGCACGCCUCUGCUCUCAGGCAGCCAGUCACCUCGGCUCACAAAUCUCAGACGCCAGGACAAAUUUCCUGGUCGCCAUAGCGACUUGGUGCCUGAGAUUUGUUGAGCUCUGGUGUAAAAGCUCAGGACUUAUCUAAGGUAGCUCUAAAUAUCAUAACCACUAAAGCCCACUGUAGCGGUUAUAACGUUAGGAGUUCUCUGGCGCCAAUCCCUAGUAAUGGGCCAAAGGUUUGCAACGGUCUGCCCUCUUACCUGGUCACACUGGGUGCCGAGCCUUUUUUGACGCAGGCUUUACUGUCUCCAUCAAAUGCCAAUCCUGCUCCUCAUCCUUUGCCUGAGAGUACUCUUGGUCAAUCAUUGACUAAGAGCGUUUUGACUUUAGCCAGCCCAAAAUUCUAGUUCAGGCUGAUUAAUGAUGCUGCCGGGGAUGGAAUUAAAAAUAUAUCUGUCUGUGCAAUGUUUCAUACUGAAAUGCUGCACAUACAGGCAUCUUGCACCAGGACCACUACAACAUGAUGAAGUGGUCAUGGUGCUUGGAGUUUUUAAUGAGCUAUAUCACGUGAACAGAUUUUAAAAGAGACUGCAAUGUAACAUCUCAAUUCUACAUGAAGGGAAACAGUUGUUAAUCUGAUCAAUAAGAAUUCUUUUUUUUUUUUUUCUUGUUUUUGUAGCAUAUCUCAUUUCUGAACUUGAAGCUGCUAGAAUGCUUUGUGUUACUAUGCCUUCAAAGAAGGAGAAGGAUGGUGGUGGUAGUGAGGUAUUUGUCGAACUCAAGAGCAUAUGCAUGACACUGGGAAUGUCUAAACCUCCUGCCAACAUUACGAUGUUCCAAUUUUUUAGUGGAAUUGAAAAAAAGGUAAGAGGGUGGUGCGGCUGCGUAAUCAAAGUUAUUUAACUCCUAAAUUGCAGAAAAAUUUACUUUGGUUGGAAUGAGAAAAUAGACUCUUAUGUACAUGUAUUAGUUUCAGGUGAGUUUUACUUAACUUUGCCUUUACAGAGAAAAACCUUUCCAUAAGCAUAUCAGGUUGGUAUUGCCUAUGCAGGCUGGUAAACACAGCAACUCCAAGUAAUUAUUUUGUCCUAAAAGGACAAAUAUGUUACAUAUGACUGACCAUCCUGCAUGCAAUAUAAGCAUGUCUAAGUUACAAUUUAGUGCCUUAGAGGUAGAAUUCCGUAGUUAAAGCUAGACAGUAAACUAGACUGUGUAAACUAAUGGCAAUCUCAGUGUGGUUGCUAUCAAGUUUUAGAGCAUUUCCGCUCAUCUUGUAAAGAACGGAACUGUUUUGUGGGGGUAAACUACAUAUCCUAUAAACUUCUGUUGAACCCUGGCUUCCAGGAUAAAAAAAAGACCCCCAUAGAGCAGAGUGAGAUGCUCCUGAUUGAAGUAUCUCUAUCUGGUGUGGGAGUGUUAUACUAGAAAGUGCUGGAAGGCCCACUAACAAAUGAUUCUACCAGGAAUUUUGAAAAUAUAUAUAUAUAUAUGUAUAUAUAUAUAUAUAUAGUUUUAAAACAAUGUUAAACAAAAAUCUGCACACCAGUCAAGCCAUAAGACUUGCUUUUCCCACAGAAAUCCCAAAUCUGCAGUGAUGUUAAAACCGCAAAGGAUUCUGGGUGGGCAUAUGCAAAUUAGUUUAACAAAGAAUCACAUUUUUGCCUCAUUCCAUUUUAAACAUGGAUUCCUUUUAAUCUGUGUUUGCAGUAUACAACUGCUUGGAACACAAUUUAGGAAAAGAUGCUUGGUAGUGCUUGGGAAGCAAAAUCCCAAGCUUCCCAAGCACUACCAAGCCUCAAUAAGCAAACCAGUAACCAACCUCAUGCUGAAGAGUUGCAUUAACAACGAAACAGCUGUCCAUGAGUGGUUCACUGGUUUUGCAUCUUUUCCUAAAUUGUGUUCCAAGCAGUUGUAUACUGCAAACACAGAUUAAAAGGAAUCCAUGUUUAAAAUGGAAUGAGGCAAAAUGUGAUUCUUUGUUAAACUAAUUUGCAUAUGCCCACCCAGAAUCCUUUGCGGUUUUAACAUCACUGCAGAUUUGGGAUUUCUGUGGGAAAAGCAAGUCUUAUGGCUUGACUGGUGUGCAGAUUUUUGUUUAACAUUGUAUUAACUAUCCACAGACUUCAGGUGGAAGGGGUUUUCAAUCACAAUUUUUCCCCACCAUAACCUAAUUGGAUAUAUAUAGAUAUAAAUUAUAUAUUUAUUUAUUUUUUUUGUCUUGUUUGUAAUUGAUUUGAUUCUUGUUGCAUUAGUUAUUUAAAUGCAUUACAAAAUACUGCAUUAAAAUAUAAGGUGUCAAUUUCACCCCAUAGUUUUCUUUCAAAUAUAUAAAAAAAUAGUAGUUCUCAAACUUUUUCUUUUUUUCCUUAGUGUGGGUGCUUAAAGGGGCUCUCUAAGUACCAUAGUCACUACAGCCUGUUAGAGGUUAUGAUGCCAUUAUAGCCCUAGUGUUGUAUUUUGUUCUGUUUUUACCCACUAAGGACGGCGGGUGUUCUAUGCCAUCCUUUUUGUGGUGUCUCUAAACGUCUGUCAGUGAGUGAAUGCGUCUGUCAGCGUGUGUCUAAAUGAUUGUAUGUGUGUCAGAUUGUGUCAAAUCAGUGAGUGAAUGUCAGUGUAUCUGAGAGUGUGUGCUGGUCCAUGCGUGUGUGUCCCAGUCAAAAUGUGUGUAAGUUAGCAGGAAGAGGUGUGUCCUUGGCAGGAAGUGGUGGAUACGUUUACAUUAGGUGGUGCCCAAAAUCUGUCAUGCCUAGGGCAGCACCAUUUUAAAAUACACCACUGAUGGCAGCACAACAAUGGGUAGCUCCUCCCUUUCCCUAAUUAGACAGGAACCUAAUUAAAACAGAAAGUGUAAGUGACACCUUCUACCCCUCCCACCCUCAGUCUUGUUUCCAGCAUUAUCCCAGGAUUAUCUUUGUGCUGCCAUGGCCUAUAACCAGGAAAAGAAAAUUACGGUAAGUAGGAAUACAUUUUCCUCUUUCCUUGCCAUAUCCAUGGCAGCACAACAAUGGGUAAUACCCAAGCAAAACCAAGGGAGGGAAGAAAUACACAAGACUUCCAAAAUAUGAAUGCAAAUCGACAAUACACCUCAUAAGGACAUUGGAAAUGGAAAUGGGAAAACUGAUUGCCCAUUAUUGAAACAUUAGCAAAUUGACCAACUCAAAUGUACCAAAAAAAAAAAGUCUGGAAAAAUGUUUCACCAGGAAAGAGACAUUUUCUUGUUUCCAAGAGCCUACCAGGGAUGUUACUUUUAACCAAUUUAAUGGUACUCCUUUUAUUUACCUAAAAGGAUGAAGGGCUGAGGGGAAUUGAACCUGUGACCCCCAAAGGUACAGAUUUUUCUGACAGAGUUUUAGUCCACUGAAAUAUCUCACCAGACAUACACAUAGGUGACAGUAGCAAUUUUAAAAGUCUUAACAGAGGCCUAGGAAAAAAUUAAUCCAGCUGCUAUAUUAAAAGGCCCAACAGAGGCAUAGGAAUAAGUGACUCAAGUGGAUAUAUUAAAAUCCAUAGAGGCAUAGAAAUAAGUGAUUCCAGUGGAUAUAUUAAAAGACACAGAGGCCUAGGAAUAGGUUUGAUUGAAUUCAAAUUAGCAGGAAACUCUUACCAUUUAGAUGAAGGGUAGAAACAGUUAUAUCCAUAUAUGCCCUGGAUGUGCCUGGCCAGCCCAGCCUGCAACCCCUUGGAGCACAGCAGGAAAUAGGGUGAUGGCAUAAUCUUGCUACCUCUAGGGCCACUGUAAGUAAAUCCAUGAGAAAGUACAAGAUAGUCGUACUUUAACCUUUUCAGUGAUGGAAUGCUAGUCAGUCUCACAUUAACUCUUUCAGGGAUUAAAUGUUGGUCCAUCUCAUAGAAUCCUUGCAAUCCAUAUGCUCUGAAUGUGCAUGUCUGGCCUGCUACCCCUUGGUCACUGCAUGAAAUAGGCUGAUGGCAUAAUCUUGCUACCUUUAGGUUCACAGCAAGUAAAUCCAUGGGAAAGUACAAGAUAGAGUUGUACUUUAACCCUUUCAGUGAUGGAAUGCUAGUCCAUCUCACAUUAACUCUUUCAGCGAUGUAAUGUUAGUCAAUGUCAUAUUAUUCUUACAACCAAUAUGCUCUGUAUGUGCAUGCCCAGCCUGCUACCCCUUGGUCACUGCAGGAAUUAUCGUGAUGGCAUGAUCUUGCUACCCCAUCGGGUCACAGCAAGUAAAACCCCCGGUCACUAAAGGGGUAUCUUCAGGGGGUCACCUUUGCACAGAGCCGUGUACUGAAGACUUCCCAAGGGAGAGAUGCUGAACUCCCUUGAGGAAGAAGGCAACAACCCUCAGGUAAGCCAAAAAGAAAAAUUAUCUAGUCUUAGAAUGACUAAGUCUGUCCUAGUGAUAGGACAGGAAGAAAAAAAAAGAGGGUAGGAGGGGUUACUUAUACCUUUUGUUUUAAUUAGGUUCAUGUCUGGUUAGGGAUAGGGAGGAGCUACCCAUUGUCGUGCUGCCAUGGAUAUGGCCAGGAAAUAUAUAUGAUCUAAGUACUUUUAUAUAAACAUACACAUACAUUAUUAUAAAGAGUGCAUUUUAAUAUUUAUAUUUAUAUAUACAUAUAUCUCUUCCAAAAGUUCCUUGCACUUCAGGCUGUACAAUCCCAAUCCUUUACAUGCUGGGUGCUGGAUCCAGGUCAUCCACAUAUAGAUAAAUUCAAAGUGGUGGUCCGCACUCUGUCUCCUUAAAACAUAACUUUUAUUUGUUCACAUAAAAAGAUGCCUUGUAUAAUCAACGUUUCAGUCCCAGAUCUGGACUUUUCCUUACAAAUCAAUAAAAUGAAAAAAAAAUUUAUACCUGUUUAAAUUCGUUCUUAUUUUUGAUAUUAAUAUACAUAUGUAUCUAGAUCAAAACAUAUUUUAGAAUGACGUUAUAAAUACGUGUGUGUGUGUGUAUGUGUAUACACACACAUAUAUAUUUAAAUUCUACAAAUAUAUUUAUAUAAUAGUUUUAGAUAAUUAAGUAAUUUUAUUAAAUACAAUAUGAGGAACCUGCCUGGAAACCCAGACACAGUCAAGAGAAUUUGGCUUGCAAGCCCCAUAUUUUACCCUGUAACUUUCCAGAACACCAUAAAACCUGAACAUGGGGGGUACUGUUUAAAUCGGGAGACUUGGCUGGACACAAAUAUUAUUGUUUCAAAACCAUAAAACAUAUCACAACGAUGUUAUCAUCAGUGAAAGUGCAGUUUUUUUUGCAUUUUUCACACACAAACGGCACUUUCACUGAUGAUAGUGUUGUGCUACGUUUUACUGUUUUGAAACACUAAUAUUUGUGUUCUGCGAAGUCUCCGAAGUCUAACAGUACCCGCCAUGUACAGGUUUCAUGGUGUUUUCAAAAGUUACAGACUCAAAUGUAAGGCUUGCAUUUCCUUUUUUUUUUCACAUAGAAAUUUGCCAGAUGGCAAGUGUUUGUGACUAAGUGGCUACUAAAAAAGAAUGCUAUUAUGGGGAUAAUUUUCAUUCCUGGGCUACCGUACGGUCUCAAAGGCAACAUGACCAGUCUGGCAAAUUUCAAUGUGAAAAAACUGAAAAAUGUACUCUGCUAUAUUUGACUCUGUAGCUUUUCAAAACACCAUAAAACCUGUACAUGCGGGGGAGGUGGGUGUGGGCUAUUGUGCUUGUGAGACUUUGCUGAAUACAAAUAUGUACUUUAUUGCAGUAACCGCUAACAGUAUUAUGACCUGCACAGUUAAAAUGCCAUGCAGAACUAAAAAAAAUUAAAACAUUCUUAAUUUCUCAAAUUUUUAAAAAUUUGUUUCAUAUUAAAUUGUUUAAUAUAUAAAUACUUGUGAAAUGAAAGUCCCUGUUUCUACUGAACAAAUGAUAGAUAGAUAUAUAUAUAUAUAUCUCUAAUAAGUGUUGGUGCAUUUAAUAUGAAAGAGGUGAAUUUUGGUUUACGUGUCCUUGGGCAUCUGCAGCCUUACCAGUCACUGUCUAUAUUGCUAAAAGCAGAAAUUAAAGGUCUGUGCAGAGAAUGUCCAUUCAGUCUUCAUUUGGAUGACAUGCAUUAGUUGGGCACAUUGGUCUGAUUAUCCAUUGAAUGCUGUCCACACUUGGAUACAAUUGAUAUUGGUACUGAGGGACCAUUGUUUAGUAUCAGAUCUUUCGAAACUAGGUUCAAGCAAAAGAGGGGGGAAUAACAUUAAGGGCAUACCUGCAACAUAACCGCUAUAGUGUUUUCGCUGUUUAGAGUCCCUUUGAAUGUUUACAUUAAACCCACUUUUUUUGCAGUAACAUAUUAAUCACAGAUACAUUAAUAACUCUCUUUGCAGUUGAAGGAGACCUUUUUAAAAGUGCCACCUAAUCAUUUAGGAAAGCCCCUCUUAAGCAAGACAUUGGGCCCUUCUCAUUGGGUGAGUAACGUCAUUUUUUUUUUUUUUUUUUUUUUACAAUAUAAACAUUUGCUGGUUUAACCGUUUAAUGCUUAGGCUAGUCUUAUUCUUCUUUGUUAGUACUGAAUAUUCUAUAAUUAUACAGCUCAGUGGCUAUUAAACUUGGUAAAAAAAAAUAAAACAUUUUUACGAGGUGAUGGGAAAAUCACAAAAAAAUCUAGAUUUGUUAUGUUUAACUUUGUUUUCUUUCUUCUUCCCUAGUAUAGCUACUGCAAUGCAAACUUUCUCGACUGCCCCACCCAUCUAUACUUAUAAGGUUAUUCACUAAAGUGAGAACUGCUGUGAAUUUCAAAUUUAAAGGGACACUCUCAUCAGAACUACUUCCUACUUUAAGGGGUUUGCCAUUUUAUAACAAUGUUCUGGUGAUGGCAACCAUUCUUCUGACCCUUCUGCCUCCUCCUCCAGCACUGGCUUCUAUGCAGAAAGCCUAUCAUUGGCCUCCCAUUUUGAAAAUGCUUUAGAACAACAACAUUAAAAACACUGACAUUGAUUAUAUUGUUACAAUUGCACCUGUCAAGGGUGGAAUAUAUUAGGCAGCAAGUGAACAGUCAGUUCUUGAAUUUCAUGUGUUGGAUGCAGGAAAAAUGGGCAGGUGAAAAGAAGUCUUGUAGGGUGUGCCCUGUAUGUAACUUACCAAAAUGGUUAGUACCUACCAGAAGUGGUUACAUAAGGAUAACUGGUGAACCUGCAUCAGGGUCAUGGGCAUUUCCCAAAAAAUACUUUUUAGAUGGCCAGUCCCCCCCCCCCCACCUUCAUUAAAAUGUGAUUUUUGUCUGCCUUUUUCCAGCGCCACUCGGGUCUCAUCAUGGCUGGUUCCACCCCCUUGGCUAAGAUCAUUGAACUUCAUUAUCUCCGCUAAUCCAAUGCUUUCCCAUAGGAAAACAUUGGGAGGUUAUUGCACAUGCGUGGCAAAAUGCUGCGCUGCUCCAGUCAGCACCUCUUAAUAGAGAUGCAUUGAAUCAAUGCAUCUCUAUGAGGAGCAUUCAGGGCCUCCAUGCAGAGCAUGGAGACGUUGAAAAUCAGUAAUGCACAUUGUGACAGCCACUUGAGGUGUUACUUGGCAGUAAUGUAAACACUGCCUUUUCUCUGUAGACACCAGAACAACUACAUUAAGCUGUAGUUGUUCUGGUGACUGUAGUGUCCCUUUGAGCGAAGUCUAUCAUGCUCCUCUUUUGAAUAUUAAGUCUCUUUAUGUACGUCUUAAUAAAUAAAAAAGGAAAUGGUACUGCAAAAAUGAAAUGCUUUUGUUUCUCUUUCAGUUCGCCAGUUUUUAUCCGCAUCAUAUAUUUUCACUGGUAAUGAAAUCACUGCUCUUUGAACCUAACAAAUAGAAAAUAAUCUUUACAUUGACCUUGGUAAAAGUUACAGUGUUAAUGUCUCGCCUUGUUAUAAUAAGCUACAUGAUAUAUAUUGUCUUUACUAUUUAAAGUGUACUUGUAUGGCACAUACAUCUUUGGUUUAAAUUAAAGAGCAUGCAAUGUCACUUGUUUGUUAAGCUAGUAAAUGUAUAGAUUUUAAUUUAAAGGAACCCUAUAGGCACCCAGACCACUCCAGCUCAGUGACGUGGUCUGGGUGCCAUGUCCCUGUCACUUUAAUCCUGCAAGUGAAAACAUUGCCAUACUGCAGGAAUGGCAAUGUAUACUUUGCAGGGUUUAAAUUACAAUUAGAUAAACAAUGCAAACACUAAAUUCUUACAAAACUUGAAUGUUGUACCUUAGCAUUAUACCUAGGUAAAGAGAGUUUAAAUGCCUAGUUUAAAUACCUAUACUGGCACUACAAGGAUAUAAGGUAAGUAAAUCUAUUUGAAUUUCUCACAGAGUGAGAGGGGGCGUGAAACAGCAACUUCUAGAUAGAAAUUUUGUACCUGCUCUUUCAGUUAUAUGAGUAGAAGCAUAUCAGUAUGACUGGCAUAGAGUAGUGGAAAUUCAUACUUCAGGGGGUUCUCCUGCUCUCCCUCAGCUAUCCUGCAGGGAGUUGGGAGUACUACUGUGCAUGGGGAAGUGUCCUUGUGCAGGGAGUGUAUCUAUACAGAUGAAUGUGGGUGAGAGAUUCACUAGAAUGAUUGGUGGGUGGUGGGUGAGGGAUUCACUAGAAUGAUUUACUCAAAGGUAAGCAAAAUCAACGUUUCUAAAGAAAACAAAUACUGUAUAUAAUUUGUUUUUUGCUAUAUUUACAGGGUAUCACAUAAAAUGUGACACUCUUUUUGUCAGCAUUAAACAGAUAGGUUAAGGGGAACAGGCACUCAAAGUGUGUAGCUAGGUGCAGGACUUGGAGGUUAGUGUCCCAAUACCUCACAAAUGAAUAUAAUGGGUAACCAGAUAAGAAGAAGUAGGAUAUUCCACCACAGUGCACUCAGCAACGUUUCGACUCUACUAGCAAACCUGGGUUGACACAGACCCUGUAGGCUUGAAAAAUUGCGGCUUCCACUGUUGUGGAAUACAUAUCCUGCUUUUUGUUACCUGGUGUUGUGGUUACAAUUUAUUUUUCUUUUCAUUGUCCGCAUUAAGCAGAGUUAUCCAUUUUAAGUUAUUUCAGAGCGCUUUUUUUUUUUUUUUGUAUUCUAACCUGUUUAACCCCUUAAGGACACAUGACAUGUGUGACAUGCUUCCCUUUUAUUCCAGAAGUUUGGUCCUUAAGGGGUUAAAGAUCACCAUGGGUGAUUGUUGUUCAUUUUGCUCAAAUGUCGCAUUCUUUUGCAGUAUUUGAUCUGAGGGGAUUUUUUUUCUGCAUGUUCCUUGCUAUCAUCUGAUGUAAGAACAAUGAUUGCCGUGGGUUAUUGCUUAGGCUUUGAGCUAACUAUGAUUGCUCAGGGUUUUUAUUUAGGAUUUGAGCUAUCCUAGAUAUAUUUGUGACCCACUAGCAUGUUGUCUAGCUCAAUUUAAAUUAAACAUUUGUGUAGUUGUGAGUGUUUAUAUAUUUGAUUGCCAAAGACAUAUCCAGAACUUUUCAACCUUUAGAGCCAGAAUCGCUUCAUACAAGAGGGAAAAAAGAUAGCCCAAAUUCAGAAGCUGGCUAGUAUUCUUAUUAAAUUAUACAUGUUGUCAAAGUAAAUAAUGGUUCCUUGAAGCACUCUGAUUUAUUAAUUUGUAAAGUCUGAAAAACAUUACUUGCUUCAACUGUCCAUAUAGUAUAGCACAUAAACUUAGUAAGUCUUGCUUCAAAGCAUGACGGUGGCUGACGGGGAAGAAAGAAGAUGAAAAAUGAGAGAAUAAAGGUUUUUGGUAGUCUAUGCUAUUCUCCUGGCCAGCAACUGUUUUUGUUUCUUUCUGAAUAAUCACAACACUUUUCUGUUUCUGUCUUAAGUGCACUAGGACUCAUUUGUACGUCUAAUACAAAGAGAGCCAUGAAAUUAUUUAUUACUAAUAAAAAGACUCUUUGCUUCUUGUUAAUGGUCUGUGACAUACUAAAUUACACUGUUCUAAUACACUGGUACUGUGUACUGGUGCCUAAUGUUUGUCUUUUGAUUAUCUAGGAAAAAAUUGAAGCAAUUAACCAAGCCAUAUCCAAUGAAUAUGAAGUGCGCAGAAAAAUGUUGAUUAAACGUUUGGAUGUAACAAUACAAUCAUUUGGUUGGUCCGAUCGUGCUAAGGUAAGUCUUUGUUUCACAAUACUGCUUUUUAUUGUUUUCAUUUGCAGACUUCCUGGUUGAUUUGUAACAAGGUAAGUUUUAUAAAAAAAAAAAAUAAUAAUCUGCCAAUGACACAUAAGACGCAUUUGAGCCAUUGUCAACCCCACCCCCUCCCAUCAUUACAACCGAACAGUCAAUCAUACAAAAAAAUUAUGCAAUGAGAAUGAAUGCCAUGCUUGAACAUGUUACACCUUUAAUGCUUUAUGUCUUACUACUGCUCGCUCUGCAAUGGCAGAACAAUUGUGACUAAUGUAUACGAAUAAGCUGUAGUUAUUCUGGUCAGUUUAGUGUCUCUUUAACUUUAAAAUAUGGAAGCUAAUUAUCAACUGAUUUCUGAGUUCUUAUUUAUUGUUUUUUUUUUUAUUUUAUUUUUUUUUAUUUUUUAUUUUCUUCAACUUGGAACAGAGCCAGACUGAGAAACUUGGAAAAGCAUACCAGCCAAGGAGGGCUUUAUUGGCAGCGAAAGGCUCAAUUUCUGUGGCGCAUCUCUUAGCAGCCCGCCAUGACUUGUCAAAGAUUCUGAGAACUAGCAGCGGAUCAAUCCGGGAAAAAACUGCCUGUGCUAUAAAUAAGGUGACUUAUUAUCUCAUAAGCUGCUUGAUCUCUAUGUUCAAAUAGGAAAAUAUAAAAUUAAUAGUUAUGAUAUUAAUAUAAAAUGUUUAAAACUUUAUGAAUAGCCAUAUCCGUCAAGAGAUACAGAUGCAAUAUAACAAACCCUUAAGUUAGCUUGUCAUUUCAAAAUUCUGUUGAGGUAUUAAUAAAAAGCUAUAACCACAACAGUAUUAUAUUUUGUUUGACAUAUAUUUAACUAGGACAAUACUUACAGUUUCAUGUACAAAAGCUAUAUCUAUAUUUUUCCCAUGCGAUCUUGUUAACAAAAAUAUUGGAAAGAACUACAUACCUGCCAUUGUAGCUACACGUAAAGGACUUGCCCUCAGACCAGACCUUGUUCUGGAAUGACAACAGACUUGGAGGUCCAGUGCACAACAGAGGUAGGCAAGUAUAAGUAUAGUUUGCACAUGAGGUAGCAGUUUCCUCAACCUUGCGAUUGUGUUCCCAUGAUACACUUGUUGGGAAGCCUGCCUAUUGUGACAAGUUGUGCUUGUUUGUUUGACAAGUUGCCAAAUAAAAUUAUUUGGGACCACAAACGUGUAUACAUCGCCUGGCAAUGAACUGUUUAAGGAAUUAAAGAAUAGUUAAGUUAAAGAGUAGUUGCUAAGGGUAAAAAAAAAAGAGAGCUUACACCUCUUUUCCAUUGCCUUGGCUGGCAGACACAAGAGAGGACAAGGGCAGCACUGGGGGAUGGAAGGAGCUGCUGGUGUUACAGAUAUGUUUUGCCCAGAAUUUACAUUAGUCAGUCCGGAUCUAGAGUGACUCCUAAUGACUCUGCCAAAGAAGGAUUUUCACCUCGGGCAGCAGACUGUUUAAUCUUCCUAUGUGCAGCGCUUCAUAGUGAAACGCUGUAGAUACAUACUGCAGGUGCUUUAGCUGAAAUUAUGAAGUGGUCGUAUUGCUUGGAGUAACCUUUUAAGUCACAUCAUUAAAAAAAAAAAGUAAAAUAGCAGUGUUACUAAGGGGACAUAUACAAAUAUGUAUUUAAGACAGAACAUCUUCUAAAUGAAGCCUGCACCGUGUAAUAGUAGUUUUGGUCCAGUAUUUCCUGGUUUAGUUAGCUCAGAAGAGCUAAACUCAAGAGGCAGCAAUUGCCCAGAGCAUCUGUCUUGGAAAGAUUUCUCAAUGAGCUGCCUAUGACUGGACAGCCAUAGAGUCUGAGACAGGCUAGAAUAGGAGAACUUGCAGAGGACGCAGAAAAGAGACCUGUUCCUUUUGCAAAUAGUUUUUAGAUAUACGCCCAAUAAAAUGAAUGCAUAAUCAAAAGCAUACAUUUUUUCAUUUUGGUUAUGUCUACUAAACAGCGAUUUUUAAAAAAACAAUUAUUUUUUUGGUGUAGCAUGUCCUUUUCAAGUGAUAAAGAAACCGCUGCAUUGGAACAGGAACUUUAUUAACAAGACAAGGAAGGUUGCUGAAGACCGUUUAAAGUCAUACUCCAUGGCUCCUUGCACAAUUGCAGCUGAAAUUUGGGAAAUUGAUAAGAAUUAGUGGUUUCAUCAAUGCUGUGAAGUAGAGGCAGGUACUUAUCCAUCAUACGGUACCAUUAGAGAGGCUCCAAAUUGAUUCUACAACAUGCCCAAAUAUACAGCCAAAGUUAUUAAUACUUAUCUUCAGCAUAAAUAAGAACAAGGACUCAUGGAUUUUUGAUAUGGCCCCCCACAGAGCCCUGAUCUGAACAUCAUCAAUUCUAUCUGGGAUUACAUAAAGAGACAGAACUGAGGCUGCCUAAAUUCACAGGAGAACUUUGGUUACUUUUCCAAGAUAUUUGGAACAACUUAGAAGAGUUUUUUGCAAAACUGUGCAAAUGUACUAUUUGAAGAUGAAUGAGUACAGCAACAUAUAUAGACUUGCUUAGAUUUUGUGUUAUAUUUUUGGUUAGUUGUUAUGAGUAAGCAGCAUGUGCAGCAGGAAUUGUAAAAGCUAUUAACUACUCAAAUCUUAACUAGCGACUGGGAAACGUCCUUAUUUUUAUUUUACUACCUGUAUAUACAUUUCUAUCUAUCAUGGUUUUUAUGUGAUAUUUGUCACUUGUGUUGAAUGAUAACUAAAAUAAGCAUGGCUGUGAUUGGAUGGCAUCCUUGACUGCAUCUAUUCAUAUUAUAACCCAUUUUUGUGUUUUUUUUUUUGUUUUGUUUUUUAUCUGCUUCUUUUAUAGGUAUUAAUGGGAAGAGUUCCAGACAGAGGAGGCAGACCAAAUGAAAUAGAACCACCUCCUCCAGAAAUGCCUCCCUGGCAGAAGAGAAAUGAUGGACCACCACAAGGAGGCAGCAGAGGAGGAGGAAGAGGUGGAUAUGAGCAGUCAUAUAGUGGCAGAGGAGGCUAUGACCAAGGUGGUGGAAGAGGAAGCCAUGACCACAGUGGUGGGCGAGGAGGUUAUGACCACAGUGGUGGGCGAGGAGGUGGUCGUGGGAGUUAUGACCAUGGUGGCAGAGGAACUAGAGGAAGUAAAGUUCAAGGAGGCUGGACAGACGGUGGUGGUAGCAGUACAGGAGGCGGCUAUCACGAUGGUGGUUAUCGAGAUUCUGGUGUUCAAACUGGCGGCUACCAAGGUGGAUAUCAAGGAAGCAGUGGAGCAUAUGGUGGCUACCAAGGGUCGUCCUAUUCUGGAAGUGGAUACCAGGGUGGAGGUUAUCAACAAGACAACAGAUAUCAAGACGGUGGUCACCCCAAUGACAGGGGAGGCAGCCGUGGAGGUGGGAGAGGGGGCCGUGGUGGUCGUGGUGGAAGAGGAGGACAAGGUGGAGGUUGGGGAUUACGAGGUGCCCAAAACUAUAACCAGGGCGGUCAGUUUGAGCAGCACUUUCAACACGGAGGUUAUCAGUAUAACCAGUCUGGCUUUGGACAAGGAAGACACUACACUAGUUGAGGUUGUUUAAGCUUAAAUUUCAGUAGAGCUCAGGUAAUAGGAGUGACAGCCUGAUGACACGGGUUACUGUUUUAAGGCAUCAGUUAUAACAGGAUAUCUUUCUUCUUAUGAAUGCAACAAUAUAACCUGAUGCAUGUCUAAACCUUACAAAGUCAAAUAAUGCUCCCCCAUAUGAUUUUUCUCCUUAAGAAGUGAAAUCUGCAGUGAUAGCCUUAUCCAUUGUACCCACCUUUCAUACAAUCCAGUACUGCAGUCCACAUGCAUUGUACACCUGAAGCGCUCUGAACUAAAUAUGUCGGACAGCACAUCCGGUCAGUAGCAGUAAUUGAUAAGGGCAGGGCUCUUAAGUAAUGACCAAUACAAUAAAAUAUUCAGUAAUGGUUUGCAAAGGAUGUCCUUUGAAAUAUUUAGUUCGUGACUUCCUGGCUUUAUGACAUCAACUGUUUAGGGUGUCUUAAUCGAUGAAGACUGUUUGCCAUUGAUGAUUUAGAUGAAACAAAGCUUUUGUGCUUCAAUCUUGCACCUGUUAAAAAAAAAAAAAAAAUUGACCCAAACUUUCCUUAUGGCUUUUUUGAUAACUUCAUAUCAAUGAUGAGUUGAGGAAUUCCUUAAAGUCUACAACAAAAUUAAUUUCAUGAGUGAGAUUUACUGUUUUAUGGAGGUCAGUGCUGUUCCACACUGGUUAAUGUUAUGUGAGCUCUUCUGCAUUUUCUAGCCUUCUUUUGCCUCUGGCAAUCCACGCCAUAUUAUGCCCUAAGGGUCCUAAAUGCUGCUUUGGCAAUAAAUGGUUACCAAGUUACAUUUUUGAAUUUAAUCUGCGCUUAGAUUACAUUUAAAAAGGAACAUACACUUUGACCGAUCUAAUUAACAGCUGUGGUCUACUUGAAAAUACUUUGGAGUAGAUAAUUCACCUUUAUCAUUUGCGCAUACCUUCAUGCCACUGAUUAAAUCAAGUGGUUGUUUUUGUUCUGUUUUAAUUUGUUGUGCGCACUUUUUUUCUUUUCAUUUUUCUCUUUAUUUGAGGAAAUGCACUACUCUUUGGGCAAAAGGGGUUUAUGUCCAAAGUUGUCCUUUAUAAAUGCUGCAGAAACAAAUCCUGUAUGGGUAUGCGGUUUAUAAUAAAGCCUUUACCAAGAGCCUCAAGAUGCUUUGUGUUGGGUUUACUGUAUACAAAAACAUUGUUAAGCUGUGAAAGAAACCAGUUGAAGGUGUGCUGUUUGUAUGAAAGGUGAACAAUAAAGUUCCUGUGUGUUUUUUGCCUUAUUUAUUUAUAACUUUUUGUUGCUAAAAUGUCCAUGGUGUAGUUCAAUAGCUAAAGGCAACAAAUUAAUGUUUUGAUUUGUUUUUUGUUUUUUUGCUCUGCCUUGUUUGCUGGGAUGGGGGUUGUUUCAUGUUUGUUUGUUUGUUUUGUUUUUGGUUUUUUUUUUUGGUUUUUUCUUUAGCAGUGAGACAGACUUCUCAGUGUGUCUAAUCAUUCCUUUGUGAAGUUAUCUAUCCUAAUUACAGUUGUCAUAUUUUUGAAGAACAUUGAGGACACUUGGCGCAUGUACUUCAACUGCUGUAUUUAGCUGCUGACAACAAAACACAACUAAAAUAUCAAAGUAUUGAUUCUAAUUCUGUCAGAAGCACCUAGAGGCUGUUUGAAACACUAGCAGAUGUAAGCAUUGCAAAAGGUAAAUGGUGCAAUUCUCAGAAACCGUACUGCCUUAAUUUAUAAGGCUGCAGGAGCAGCAUCUAUGCCCUAAAAUCACUUCAUUAGCAACAUUGAUGCUUAGACUUGCUAUAAUGUUCAUAUGUCUUUUUAACAAGUGUGUAGAUCUACCCUUUGACUCCUUUCAGGCAAUUGGAAACUAUUUCUGAGCUGGCUAGAUCACUUUUAACCAAGUUGAAUUUUUUUUUUUGCUCAUUAUCUCCGUAACAUUAAAUUUUUAGUCUAUCCUUCAACUCAAUUGAAAAAAGACAUAACUGCUCAAUGGUAAAUAAAAAAUAAAAUAAACCUCCCAUUUCAUGUACGAAUCAGAAAAUAUCAAUGUUUAGUAGAUAUAACCCCAAUAAAAUCAUGCCUGCAUUUUUGCUGCAUGUUAUCAUUGUGUGUACAUCUAAAAGGUUCUUAUGAGUGCAGCCUUGCUUACACUGAAGAAACUUUCCAUCCUUUUCCA